AUGGCUACUGCCCUUGAAGGAUCUGCUCAGCUGAGGCUAGCACUGCUGCUCAUCUCUCUGGGUGUCAGGCUAACAGCCACUCAGAAAUCUGUGGUGUCCUUGAACCCACCAUGGAUUACAAUAUUUACUGGAGAAAACGUGACUUUUUCUUGCCAAGGAAACAAUUCCUCUCAAACGAAGUCUACUAAAUGGAUCCACAAUGGCAUUAUAUCUAAGGUGACGUCUCCCCGUUUGGUCAUUGCGGGUGCCACCUUUCAAGACAGUGGAAAAUACAUAUGUCAGAUCCAAGGACUUUACAAGAGUAAACCUGUGUACUUGAGAGUGAUGCAAGAGUGGCUGCUCCUUCAGACUUCUGCUGAUGUGGUCUUAGAAAAUAAGUCUUUUGACAUCAGAUGCCAUGGCUGGAAGAACUGGAAUGUCCGCAUGGUGAGCUUCUACAGGAAUGACUUUGCUUUCAAGUACGUUUAUGAGAGCCCCAAAAUCUCCAUUAGAGAUGCCACACUUAAUGACAGUGGCACAUACUACUGCACAGGUCGACUUAGGCGGCUGAAGUACACGUCUGAGAAACUCAGAAUUACUGUAAUAAAAGCUUACAAAAGCAAGUAUCGUUGGCUACAAUUAAUUUUCCCAUUGUUGGUGGUGAUUCUGUUUGCUGUGGACACAGGGUUAUUGUUCUCAACCCAGGAACAGUUUGCAUCAAUCUUGAAGAUUGAGAAGACUAGAAAAGGCAACAAAGUUGGAUCCUAACUCUUAACCUAG